UUUUCACACACUGGCCGCCGCUGGACUCUGGAGUCAGUUCAAGGCUUCCCUGCGCCUCAGGCUCCAUCCGCUAGAGUUCACCUUCUCCAUACUGACAGCACGUCUCUCCCGUCCAGCCCUGUUCUGCCAGUGUCGUCGUCGUCGGCUCUCAUCUUCUCGUCUCUCUUUUUGUUCGACCAUCCCAAACUUCCUUACAGCGUCCAAAUCCUUCGCUUUACGUUUCAUAUGACGAUUGACCGUUUCGCCUCUUAAUUCGUUCCGGUUUCACGUUCUGUUGUCGAAGCAUUCGGUCGGCGUAGCCAUUCGAGACAGUCGAACAUUAUACCUGGGACGAUCUACUGGCCCCGUCCGCCUGUAUUCGACUUCCGCGACGUCCUACUCUUCUUAACCCUGUACGCCCUCUACUUCCUCCACUCGAUGUUGUCACGUUCGCUCUGGUAGAAGCCUUCGAAUUCACCUUCGUUGCGGUUACUGUCGUUGCGCACGCAGGCGUCUGGUGGUAACGCCACUCUAUCUGCCUCAUCUGGUCCACAGACACCUUAGUUGGCAUCAAAUUCGAUCCUCCAUUAACCCGAACAUCGAGCCAAAGCCUGAACCCCCGCCCUGCUAGCGUUAUCUGGCCUUGGGAGUCAAGAUGUCAGAGUAUUGAGACAACGAUAGCGGCCGAGAAGGACGGAGAAAGACAUCACGCCAGUGACCAUGAUUUGUCCCCAUGGAGGAUGGGAACGGAAGCCGGCUUUGAACAGCAGGAGGAAAGACGGUCCCAAUGCUCGUCUCGGACCCUCAACGUGGGCUCCGUCGACUCGGACUAUCAUCGGCGUUAUCCUGGCACUGCUGUUCACAUGUGCAGAGGGCGCCUAUGUCGAAUUUGAGAAUUGUCUCGAUGAUAGUAUUGUCAAUUCCCGACCCCGCCUCCUCCAAUUCGUUCCUCUCAACGUGUCAGCUGUUUUCAACACUUCCUCAUCCAGGCACAACCUCAACGUUACCGUCUAUGGAAAUGUCACUGGAAAAGCAACCGCGGAGCCUUAUCCUCCCCCGGAUGAUCCUUCUUGGAGCGAUCCCAACAGCACUUUCGGAAAGAUCCCGGAUCUCAGUGAAUCGAACAACAAAUAUACCACUCUUUUCAGCGAGGUCAAUUUUCUAAGUUACACCCCGUGGAAUGCAGAGCCGUCAAGAUUCUGCGAAUCAGUCGUUCAAGGUAGCUGUCCUUUGGCACCAGCCUUCUACGUCAACUCGAGCGAACUGGACCGGCUGCCUGCUUUCUCCGUUGCCCAUGAUAUGUUUUCAACUUACGCCUUCGCCUCACUCCAGGCUACAUUGAGAGUUCAGUCGGGCGAUCAGAGCGGCCAAUAUUACAGCUGCGUGAGUGCCACCAUUACGCCCGACCUGGGUGGUUAUUUGAAGGGCAUGUUACGGUAUUUGCCCCUGGCGGUUCUUAUCGUCGUUGGCAUCGCCACCAUUGCCGCCGCCAUCCUAAGUCCUUGGGGUUCAGGUGAUCUCUUCAACUGGAGUAGCAAUUUUGGCCGGGACGAAGAUCUACUGCGUCUAGUCACACCAGGCUUCGGCGAUUGUCUGCAAUACAUUCAAUUCGUUGUGCUUACCGGCGCCCUGACGCUGAAUUAUCCUGGCUUCUACCGACCGGCGGUGAGCCGAGUGUCAUGGUCCUCUCUCAUGUUCAACGAAAGCCUUGUGACUGGCGGCAACGGCACGCAAAGCUUGGUCGACGGUGUAUACGAAAUUCGCAACAACACCAAAUAUGGACUCGACCGUAUGAGUCAAUUGGUGGGCAUGACCUCGGACCGCGACAUGUGGGCUGACAUGAUGGUCUGGCUCGUGGCGAUUGUGGCAGGCGUCACGAUUCUCACCCAACUAGGAUUUGCAGCGCGCUGGCUAUACCGACAGAUUGCAAACGAGCCAGCAGAAGACCUUCGCUCUAAGAAUUUCCCCUUUACUAUCGGUAAUGUCCUGCGGCUUGUGUUCAACUUCUUCCUCCUGCCAUUGACUAGCCUGUCAUUCUAUCAGCUGCUGAUUGCAGGGCGUGGGCCAGCAUAUUCAGUUGCACUAGCGGCUCUUUGCCUUGUGAUAAUCCUGGGAUUUUCCGUUCGACUCCUCUUUCUCUUCAUUCGGACGAGACCACGGUCCUUCCUUUUUGACGAUCUCAUGACUGUCCUCGCGUAUGGGCCCCUCUAUAACACCUAUUGCGACGAUGCGGCCACCUUUGCACUAGUGCCAUUACUUAUCAACUUUCUUCGAGGCAUUGCAAUCGGUGCAGUGCAACCAUCCGGAGUCGCGCAGCUUGUCCUGCUCGCCAUUUGCGAGAUCGUCCUAAUUUUGACAAUUAACGCCUUCAGGCCCUUUCCCUCUGCUACCUCGAUGAACAUUUAUCAUACCUGUUUCUCGAUCAUUCGCUUGUUCACCAUCCUUCUGUCAAUCGCGUUUGUGCCCUCUCUAGGUGUUGGGUCUGCGUCUAGGGGCUGGAUUGGUUAUGCCAUCCUUGUCAUCCAUGCCUGCACCCUUGUUUUCGGGUUCUUUCUCAAUGCGAUCCAAACCUUGAUCGAGGUGAUUGCUCGGCUUGCGGGAGCCGGUGGGCGAGACGAGGUCACCGGGGUUGCUACGAGAGGUGGCUUGAACAAGGUGUUCGGGAUGAGGCAGUUAUCUCGCCGGUUACCGCGGCGUGAUCAGAACCCUCGCCACAGUAUGUCCUCGGGUGCUGCCAUGCUUGCCGCUGUGGACACUGAACCAAAGCCACUCAAUAUGGCCAAGACCCGAUCCCGGAGUGUGUCUGCCACUUCGAACGCAUUGCUGGACGGCGGGCAGAACUCUAGCAGGAUGAGCCAGACUAUUGAUGGCCGUGUUGCCGAUCAAACCACCCCCGACCGGUCUAGCAGAGGCUCGAGGCAGUUGACCGGGAGACUAAGUGGCUCUGGAUCCCUUGGAGGGAUAGUCGGUCUGCAGAAGCAAGUGGAAGCAAAAGACCCGUACUACCGGCCACCACGGCGGAACACGAUGGAGCCUCUCUCUGCCACCGAUCCUGCCAUGUCGCUAGCAAGCGAGAAGUCGAAGGGAAAUUUGCUCAACGAGGGCGCAGCAGAGGACGGUGGGGGUGAGGGCUCGUCAACUCCCAUGCGCGUCAAUAACGACGAUUUUGAAGAUCCCCCGAACGAUCUGACUCGGACCAAGACCGACUAUGCGGUGAGAGAAGUUGAUUUUUAUUAUGGUGUCCGUGGAGCAGCUCUGUCCAGCGGGACCAGAAAGCUCAAAACCGGGCCAGCCGAUCCUACUGGACCGGUAUCCACGGCAAGGGGUUGGUUCAGGGGUCUCCUUGGUGGCAAGACCAAAGAAAAGAACAAAGGCUUUGAAGUCGUCAGGAGUGCCCGAGCUCCGCCGCCAGGUCUUUUCCCGCCUACCCCUGUACCAGACAGUCGCCCGGAGGAACCUUAUCGCGAUGAUGAUGGUCAGGUUGAACAAGAAGAAAGACGGCCGGACCGGUCAAGCUUGCGAAUUGCCUCGCCGCCGCCACAGAAACAAGACGGUUAUGACGAUGAUUCGGCCGCAGAGUCCGCGGAAGACGACGAACUCUCUUCAAUCAGCCCCGUCCCUUCGAAACCGCCUUCUUUGCCUCAUAUAGAUUCUGGUGGUGCAAUCGAGUUGCCAAGUCGGAUUGGGUCCGAAGCUUCCCGGAAAUCCCGCAAGCACCCACCACCAGCGGAAGACAUUCCAGCCGUCCCGGCCCUACCUCGAAAGAGUUCUCGAAGACAAUCAGCAGGUGAUCAGAGCGAGAGAGCAAGCGCAAGGGCGAAGCUGUAUGGGCCAGGUCCCGCCGUCAGCAUGCCCGGACAUAAAGGACAUUCGCAGAGCUUGAGUGCGAGCCGUAUUCCUUUCUCAAGUACGCAGACAACCAUGAACCGAGAUAAAAGAUAUUCGACGGGCGCAGAAUCGACAACCUCAAGCAUUGGGCGCGAGGGCGGCGAGAACCCUCCCAUGAGCCCGCACACCUCAUACACCAAGCAUCUUCGCAAUGCUUCAUCUGCAUUGGGAGCUGCACAUGGAGCAGAUAUUCGCAAUGACCGGCCCUCGAACGUUGGCUUUGUACAGCAACACAGAGCCAGUGAUCACAUCCAUUAUAGUCCCGAUUCUGCCGAGUAUCAGGGCAGCACCGCGGAAUUCCAUGGAAAGCCUGGUCCGGCAUCCUAAACCUGGGGUACAUUAACGAAAGUUUACGACUACUAUAUGGCGUGAUUGGAUCUAAUGCUUCGAAAGAAUGUGCCCGCAAUAUAUUCUCACUGAGCGGGCCGGAGGACUUAAUCUAACCGGCCGGCUGUUCUUGGUCUGUUGUGAUCGGAGAUCAAUUAAUUGCCGCCUUUCCUACUCUUCAUGUGAGGAGAUUAUUCCCACUAUCUACAGCAGUGAGAUGGGCCGACACUGUUUCAGCGAAGUGAUCGUGGAGAAAAUCUCCGGUCGGGGCAAAGACAGAUAAAGGAAGAAAGGGCUGGUGGGAUGGACGGAAGAACAUGCACACCUGUUUUCUCUGUUCUUUUCUUCAUUCUUCCUUUUUAUGCGUUGUAUUGGCAAGGCUAAGGGAAAAUAUACAUUACAUUACUUUGGUAAUCGAGCACGUUGUGAGCGCCGGCGUCAAGGGUUACAAGGGGCAAGUCAGGUUGUUGAUGAGCAAGAAAAGUGAGGGUUCGUGUUUUCUUUUUAAAGUUCUGCGAGUGUCUUGUAUGUAUUAUUAGGUCGCUCUUUGGCAAUAGAAGCGGCCAGCUCUAAGGUAUGUAUACCGUAUGCAGUACACAAUACACCCGGGUGCUUACUUACCUACCGAUA